AGUUUACCGUCAUCAGCAGGCCUGCAGGUUUACCGUCAUCAGCAGGCCUGCAAAAUGGAAAAAAGAAUUACUUAAAUAUUAUUUUUUAGCCAAUAUGAUGACAAAAUAUAAAUAUUCCAAUAACCUUACUUCUUGAUCAAACACUUCUUGUUUGCUUAAUUCUGUACCUUUGAAAUUAACAUUAGCUUAUCAAUUGGAAACUGUAGCACUGCCCGUAAUGUAAACAUUAUAAACUAUCAAACCAAGGACCUCCCCUGGAGCAAGUAUAGUGUCUGUGGGUUAGUACCUCAAACACCAUUCUUAAGCCAUGGUGAAGGAGACUAAUAAAAAUCCUAAAAAGGAACAACUCAACUUAUUGGAAUCUUUUAGGAGGUUUCAACAUCAGGUUUUCUCAACAACUUCAGCUCAUGGCUUUCAUUGGAUUAUUGAUGCUCCAGCAUUGGGAGAGAAGAUAUUUUGGUUUAUCCUUUCUAUCUCGUUCUUUACAGUUGGUAUUGUAUUAUCUGUAAUUUCCAUCAAGGGUGAAAUAGACAAUCCCAAAUACACGACAGCGCUAGAAAUAGAAGAAGGAGAUACAGUGAAUGGAAUACCAUUCCCUGAUUUUGCUAUUUGUGAUCCAAAUCCAUUUAGCUUAGAAAAGGCACAAGAGGCAAAUGUUAGUGAAACAUUGUUAGCAUAUCUUACUAAUUAUGUUUAUGUGGGAGUAGAUACUAUUGAAAAUAUGACGUGUCGUUCUGAUAAACUUGAUGCAGAGUUUAUUGAUACUCUAGCCAGGUUUAAUAAUGAUACAAUCAAGCUUCUGGAUGCUGUUACUAAGACUUGUGAAGACAUUUUGAUAUAUUGUCAAGCAGGAUUCAACCCAUACCACACUUCGGACUGUUGUUCCAAAUAUUUUAAUCAAGGAGAAUACACUAUGGAUUUUAAGUGCUAUAGUACCCGAGGAAAGAUGAACUACACUAUUCUGUAUGGGAAUCGUAUGUCCGGAAUAACUAUUAUUGUUGAUAGUGAAAGGAAUAAGAUUUUAUUUCCCCAAGAUCUUGCUAGUUGGAAAACCAAAAAAUAUUCUGGAAUCGGUGUCGCUGUUAUUCCAAAGAAAUCUAGCAUAUUUUCUGCAGUUCAAAAAGGCGUAAAGCUCUUGUCCCCUGAUUCAAACAAUGAUGUUAUGAUUACUAAAUCUGUUAUGGAUAGAACUGCUGAAAAACAUGGAAUAUUUAUGAGAAAUAAGAAUGGUUGUGUAGAUGAGGAGAAUGAAGAAUUUUAUAUGAAUUUAGUGAGUCCAUAUAGUGAGCACUACUCUGCUGAUCAAUGUUUUCUUUACAACAAGCAGUUAUCAUACAACAGUGAUUUAAACUGCACUAUCCCCAUUCUCCCACCACCUGGAAUUGCUAAGAAAAACUGUACACCACUUGAGUAUAUCAAGUACUAUGAUCCAAAAUACAGAGAUCAGGGUAGGAAGACAAUGACUACUACCAAAUGUCUUACUGAUUGUAUAGUGGAGAAUUUUGGAUUAGAAAUAUCAUCAUCUGAUAUUACCAAGGAAAUGAUAGACAUGGUUGAAACACAUACCAAGAUGCCUAAUUUAACUCUGGUUAUGUUCACAAUCUUUGUGAAGGGGAUGGAUCAUUCUGUGUUAAAGUUUAAUGGGCAGAGCUUAAAUGAUUUGUUAUCUACUGUUGGUGGGAACCUUGGACUUUGGUUUGGAGGCUCAAUCAUAACCUUUAUAGAAGUGCUAAUCUGUUCUCUGUUUUUCUUCUAUUUAAUGAUUGGAAAAGUAUUUGGUUGCCAAAUAUAUGAGGGCUAUCCUGAUGGAGAUCGUUAAGAAGAAACAAUGCAAAUUUUUCUUCUUCUUUUUAUUAAUUGAUGUAAAUCUAUAUGUUUUUAAUACUUAUAACCUUAAAAUAUAA